CACUCGAUAGACUUUAGUACAGUCGAAGUGACGCCGCGGCAUACAAACGUGAAUUAAAAAAUCCAACAAUUUGUGUUGUUGCUUCUGGUGCCGAACAAUUGAAAAAAAUAAAGGAAAAAAAUAGCAUAACAAAAUAUCAAUUUGCGAAAUACACAAUUAGAAAUUCAAUACGCUAGGAUAGUGUGUGGUGGUGAUGGUACAUGUUCGUUUUUUAUGAUUUGUGCAAAAGUAAAGUAAAAAAGAAAAAGAAGAAAAAACCUACAAACCAUACUAUAUACUAGAAUAAAUAGCUAACGAGAUCGAGAGACACGCACACACACAUAGUGAGAGACGGAUAGUACGAUGAACAAUCAACUAAACCCGGCCACCUACCGCAAAUUCAAUAAUUUGCUUAGCAGCGGCGCUGUUACCGUCACCGGUCCCGGACAGCCGCGCAUCUUGAAAACGACUCGACUCGCUGUCGGCGGCGGCGGCAAUUCGAAUGCAAGCAGCGCAGCAGCGGCUGCUUCGCAACAACAGCAAACCGUUAUGGACAGUGAUGGAGUUGCACGCUGUUAUAUUUGCGAUGAGUUGCUAUUGGGGAAUCAAACGCAGACAUCGCUAACCGAUAUGUGCACCACGCACACCUCAACCAAAUUCCCCAAUAAGCUGGCUCAACUGGUUGGCGAAGGCUUCAUGGUAAUUGUGUGCAACGAAGAUUUCGUUUGUUCGCGCUGCACCAAUUUGGUCAACUACUACGACCGCCUUGAGAACGAUGUGGAGCGCGUUAAGUCGAAUCUGCUGAAUUUGCUAAACAAAAAGUAUGGCAUCAAUGAGGAUAGCGGUGGCAAUAAUAAUGUGGCAGGAGAUACGGCAAGUCCGCCUUUGAAAAUGCAAAAGCUAGCAGGAAAUGCGGCAAAUCGUUCGCUCGAAGAGGGCGGAGAUGCAUUGCGACAGCGUAAGCUGGUGCAACAAUCAACGCCAGUGUCGCAACAAUUGAAGGUCGCAUCGCCACAGAGCGGCGGCGCCACCCAGACGCAGGUUCAACGCAAGGCAACCAAGAUCUACAAGUGCACCUCGUGCGAUUACAAGACCUCCGACAUGCGUCUGUUCAACACACAUUACGAGACAUGCAAACAGCAGACGUUCCAGUGCAAGACCUGUCGCAAGAUCUUCCCCCACUUUGGCGCCAUGAAGCAUCACAUGGUGCGUGAUCACAACACCGCCAUGGACAACACUUGCGCCAUGUGCCACAUCAAUUUCGUGAAUGAGACGAGCUUGCGCAAGCACAUGGAAACCAAUCAUGCCACCAAUGUGCUUGUCACCAGCACCACAACAAUUCCCGCUGCUGCCGCUCCAGUUACUGCGGCUGCUGCUGCCGCCGCCGCGGCUGCUGCAUCGGCUGGCAAUGUCACUGAGUCGAUUGGUGUCUCGGGCUCGGCGCUGUAUACAUGCAAUCACUGUCAGUUCAAGUCCACGGACAAGGGUGUGUUUGAUGAGCAUAUGCGCAAACAUGUUCAAACCAACAAACCGAAGCCAUUCAAGUGUCGCCUAUGCUCGCAACGCUUUGAGACACGCGAGGCGGCCACCGUGCACGCCAAGCAGCAUCAGACCAACUACUUCAAGUGCGGUCAGUGCGCGAUGACCUUCCCCAAGCGUGAGUUGCUCGUGAAGCAUGCCGAGAUUCAUCAGCUGGAGAAGAUGGCUGCCAGCGGCGCUAGCACACAAAAAUUGCUGCAGGAGACCAUUGAUGAGGCAUUGAGCGAUUCGGUGCCAGCAGCUGCUGCUCAGGGCGGCAACAGUGGCCAGCAGGUGGUGAGCAGUGUGGCCGAGGAGAACAACAUUCGCUUCUUUUCGUGCAGCAUCUGCUCGCUAACCUUCAUACAGGAGACGUACUACAAUCACCACAUGGAGACACACAGGCGGGAGAAGAAGAGCGGCGCUGCCGGUGGCAGCGGAGGAGGCAGUGGCAGUAAUGCAGCUGCCCUCAAUUCGGCUGCCACAGCAUUGUUGAGCGAUGAGCCCGGCGAGUCGGGUGUCGGCUUGAAGGAGGAAUCGAAUGAGCAGAGCGCUGAAGCUGACAUUGAGAGCCUGUUUGAGAAAUUGCAUUCGGAUAAGAAUGACAGCGAGAAGAAAAAUGAAAUGGUCAUCACCUCACAGGAGGGGAGCGGUGGCAUCACUUUUAACAUAACCAUACCCCAAGUGGAUGCCGCCGGCGUCGAGCAGGCGGAGAGCAAGCAUUCACCAAAUGCACAAGCGCCUGUUUCGGUUAGCAUUGAUAUGCCCACUUUGGAUCAAGCCGAGGAGGAAGAAUCACAAGCGCAGGGUGACAAAACGGCUGAGGCUCGCGACACCAAAUCGAAUGCGCCACCCGUCUCUAUGCCCAGUUUGGAUGAUGACAAUGAGGCCGCAGCUGCAGCAGCUGCAGAUGCCAAUGCAGACGACACAACCGAUGGCAAUGCAGCAGCCAAGCCCAGCGAGAAGUCCAGCGCCAAGGGAGAGCAAACAGCAGCUAGCAAGGAGAAGCAGGUCAAGCAGGAAGGUGCUGAAGAAGCUGCGGGCGAAGCACAGGCUGCCGAGGCGGAGAAACACGAAGCCGAGGAGACGCCAGCAGCUGGCGAGCAAACAGCUGAAGCAGCCGAAGAAGCUGCAGCCGCUGCGGAAGCCGAAGCAGCUGCUGCCGCCGGUGAAGGUGAAGCUGGUGAGGCAGCGGGAGGUGAACAGCAAGUGGCCAUGGAACUGGAUGAGGCAAUGCAGGCCCAAGUCGAUGGUGGACAAAUCAAGUUUAUUGUGAAUGAGAAUGGACAUUUGCUGCAGCUGGAUAAUCACAUACUGACCGAUGCCGAGGGCAAUCAGAUUAUUGUGCAAGAUCCCGAGCAGAUACAGCAGCUGCUGCAGAGUGUUGGUGUGCUGCAGUCCGGCGAUGGUUUGGAGGGCGACACACUGCAAAUGAUGACCGAUGGCAGCGGCCAAAUGGUUCUCGUUCAUGGCGAUAACAACGAACAGCAACUGAUCGAUGCCUCACUGAUCAAUUCCGAAGGCCAAAUCAUCAUACAACAGGGCCAGGAUGGCGAGGAGGGUCCACAUGUCAUCAGUGAGGAUGGCACACGCAUACCCGUCUCUGUUUCGUACACAGAAGAUGGCCAACCCAUUGUGCAAGUGCAGCAACAAGUGCUGGAAGCGGCACAGGCGAGUGCCGAGGAAAAGGAGGCGGCGGCAGCAGCGCAAGCCGAGGCCGAGGAGGCGGGCGAGGCAACACAAACCAGCGAAUCGGUCACAGUGACAACAGCAGCGGCCACAGCGGUGACCACGAGCACAGCCAGCAGUAGCAGUGGCGGCACUGCCGGAUUCUUUGCGCUCGACGAGUUCGCCGAGACGAAAGCGGACUAGAAUUGGCGGUUGCGGGGACACAACCGUAGACACUACACUACAAUACUGGCGUACGAUGAGGACUGGUUUUAACAGAUCUUAGACCAAACAAACACAGUAGCUGAUGCAAGCUCUGACAACUCUCUGCACAACCCACAACACACACAUACAUCCGCAUUUGAUAAAAACAAAACAAACACACACACGGACACAUUUAUACAUUUAGUAUAUGUAUUAACACUCCAGUUGACAACAGAAUCAGAACCGAGAAGAGAUCGAGGAACGAACCACAACGAACAAUUGCUGCCAAAUAUUCACAAAUUUGGCCAUCAGGCAUCAUCAUCAUCUUGCAAUUGUCUUGACAGUGUGUGUUCAAUGCUGGACUUGGCAGAUAUAUAUUAGGCUUAGUGUUUAGCAUAGGUACAACAGUAAAUUUAAACAAAAAACUUGUAAAAAAAAAUACGAAAAAAACGAGUUCAUAGAUGAUUACAACAGAUGCUUGAAUUAU